AUGGACCGGGAGAAGCAGCUUCUGGAGAUGCGUGGCCAGCUCCUCCGAUGGAAACACGGUUCGAUUUCGGCCGCCACGAGUCUCAACUACCGCAAGCUUCUCGAGUGUCUGAGCCGCAUCGGGGAGAAGGAGGAGGACAUUCGCAAAGUCUUCCUGAAGCUGGACAAGGACAACAGCGGAUACAUCGAGUGGAACGAGCUUAGGUAUGUGACAGCGGUCAUCACUGGGGAGUUAAACAAGAAGUUGAGUGACCUGGAGACAGAUCAGAUCCUCCAGGUGAUCGACAGCAACCAGGACGGGCGAAUCGACUUUGACGAGUUCAGCGCCCUCGUCAAGGAAGGCGCCGCCAUGAAGAAGUGAUUCCACGCGUCGCCGGCCAUGAUGAGCCACGACCACCGCCUCUCUCCCCCCCUCUCUCCCCACCCCCCGCCCCCCAGCAGCGACACCCGCGUCGUGAAGGUGGCGACGUUUGGUGUAGCGAUGGAACAUCUUACUCCUCUUCUUCUCCUCUUCUUGUUCCCCCUCCUCCUCUUCUUCCUCCUCCACUUUUCCCCCCUCCUCUUCUUCCUCCUCUUCCUCCUCCUCAUCCUCCUC